ACUGGCACCAUCCUCGAAAAUUUCCCGAACCCUCAAAACACAGACACAGUCAGAGCACCAUCCAUGGCGACCCAAAGCAGCUCCACUCGCCCAGAACCCAAAAAGACCAAGCAGACCUCUCAUAGACCAAGCAGACCUCUCAUAGCCCCCUCUCGACGGAAGAUUCUCACCCACUGCCGAAUCUCCCCCGGGAAAUCAUCGUCGAAGUACUGUGGAGACUCCCCGUCAAGUCUCUACUUCGAUUCACGUGUGUUUCCAGAUCAUGGCGUUCUUUGAUUUCUCAACCCAAAUUCGCAAGAACUCCUUUUGUAUUACUUAUAAAAUACCAUUUUUUUUUAUUAUUAUAUAAAAAUAACAUUUCAUUCAAUUAUUUAUUUUUACAAUUUCUUUAUUUUCAUAACAAUAUUUAAAGGGAAAUAAUUUUUUUAUUCUCUUUUUUUUUAAACAUUAUUUUUCUUCGAUUUAUUUUUACAUCAAAAAUACACUUCCAAAAGAAUAGUCGUUAAAAAAAAAAAAUGGCAAAAUCAACCGCUUAUCUUAAUUCGUGCAAAGCACGCGGAAUUACACUAUUAGUCAAACAAAAUACUCGAAACACAGACAAAGUCAGAGCACCAUCUAUGGCGACCGGAAGCAGCUCCGCUUGCCGACAACUCAAGAAGACCAAGCAGACCUCUCGUAGCCCCCUCUCGACGGAAGAUUCUCUCCUAAUUCCGCAUCUCCCGCAGGAAAUCAUCAUCGAGGUUCUGUCGAGACUCCCCGUCAAGUCUCUGCUGCGAUUCAGGUGUGUUUCCAAAUCAUGGCGUUCUCUGAUUUCUCAACCCGAAUUCGCAAAAACCCAUCUCAGAUUAGCAUCUACAAACACCGAUUAUACCCUCCAUAGACUCCUCCUGUGUUCCUCUCUUGAUUUUAAGUCAUGCUCUCUUUACUCUAUUUUGAAUGAGAAAUCUGAUACUGCUGUUGAGCUUGAUUGCCCUUUGAAAGGGGCUUAUUCCACAACAUGGAUUGUUGGUUGCUGUUAUGGUUUGGUGUGCGUCGCAGCUGGAAACGAAGUAUCUAUAUGGAACCCGUCUACUAGAAAAUCCAAGAGAUUGCCUAAUGUUAGAAUGGCAAACCUCUACAGAGGGGCGUAUGGGUUUGGUUAUGAUGAGUCCAGUGAUGAUUACAAGGUGGUUGGAGUCUUUCAUGAUGUGGGUAAUAGUGAUUUUGAGGCUGAAGUGAAGGUGUAUUCAUUAAAGACUAAUUCGUGGAGGAGGAUUGGAGGCUUUCCUGACCGUCUUCCUCUUACUCCUCAUGGUUCAGGGACAUGUGUGAGUGGGGCGCUCCAUUGGUUUUCGACUGGCGAUUGCGGGAAAAAUAUUGUUUCUCUUGAUUUGGUGAAGGAAACGUAUGGAGAGGUUUCGGAACCUGAUUAUCGAGAUGGUAUUUUGCAUCAGGUUUGGUUGGAUGCUUUAAAUGGAUGCCUCUGUGUACUCGGUAUGUACAGAGAUUUUGUUGAUGUAUGGGUGAUGAAGGAAUAUGGAACUAGAGAGUCUUGGACCAAGUUUGUGGUCAUACCUUAUGUUUCACAUCCAUGUGAUAAUCUUAGUCGUCCGCUAUUGUGGACUUUGAAGAAUGGUGAAGUCGUAAUGCGUACAUACACGCAUUUAGUUCGGUACAAUCCCAAAGAUGGUACAUUUAAUUACCCUGUGUUUUGGUAUAUUGUGUAUUCGUAUGUUGAGAGCCUCUUCUCGCUUGACAUUGAUGCUGAGAGUGGGAUUCAAUGGCAACAGCCGCAACGUCAAUGCUAAAGGAAAUGAAGGAACUGAGAAUAAGAUGUGUGAUUCCCGGAAUUGAGAUGUGUGAGUACAACUUUGGCAUGUAAUGAGAGCUAUCUAUUUGCUUCGUAAUAGUAAUGUGACAUGGACCUAAUCUAGUACUUGCACAACUCUGGAGGGUACCUACAGUCUGGGAUGGCUCUUUUGGGAACUGAGUUGUAUAAUUAUGGCUUCUCUUCAAAAAUAUAUAUUUUUGGCAUGUUCA